UAUUGGAGAGAAGAUUUCUGAAGAAGUUGUUUAUCGGCCACUAAACCGAUACGUCCUGAAGCGUCUGGUUCCGCAUCACGAGGUUGCCUUUCGUUCUCACAUAAAUCCUUCACCGUUUUCUCGGUGUUGUCGUGGCUGUUGCUUGGCUUUCCCUCUGCUUGUAGUGGCGUUUCUCAUCUGAAGGAUGAUGCUUGGCGAGAAGUGGAGACGACGCUAUCAAUUUAUCCAGUGAUGUGCGGAUCCUCCGCGACCUCUCUCUCUCUCACUCUCUCAGCGUAAACCAUGAACAGCUUGCUUCCCAACCCAAACGCUAAGCCGCCACGAGAAUGCCUCUAACGAGUCUAGCCCUUGUUGUCACCGCCCCCCACCACCAUCCCGGUCUCAUUCUGCAGCCAUCCUUCCGGCAACCACAGAGAACGGGCGUCAACAUUCGCUGCCCAUCUCCCGCUGACGCGUUUCUGCUACCACCUAUUAAAAGAAGGAUCGUUUCUGCCCACACCAGAGCCAAGAGGAGGGCCCCGAAAACCCCAAGACUAGAAUCAGAAGCAGAAGGGCUCGUUCGGAUUCUGCUGAAGAAUUUUAAUGGCGAGAAACCACUUCUCUCUGUGCUGCAGAAGUACGUGAAGCUCAUUCGAACAGAGCAUUGCUUCCUGCUGUUCGAAGAACUUGGUAAGAGGGACAAAUGGCUUCAAUGCCUGGAGGUAUUCAGGUGGAUGCAAAAGCAAAGAUGGUAUCUUGCAGAUAAUGGGGUUUACUCCAAGUUGAUAUCUGUAAUGGGGAAGAAAGGCCAGACUCGAAUGGCUAUGUGGUUGUUCUCUGAGAUGCGAAGUAGCGGUUGUCGGCCUGAUACUUCUGUGUAUAAUGCAUUGAUUACCGCACACUUGCACUCCAGGGACAAAACUAAGGCUCUGGCAAAGGCCUAUGGAUAUUUUGAAAAGAUGAAGGGCAUGGAAAGAUGCAAACCCAAUGUUGUUACCUACAACAUUCUUCUGAGGGCGUAUGCUCAGGCCGGAGAUGUUAGUAAAGUUGAAGCGCUGUUUAAAGAUCUUGAGGAAAGUAUUAUUUCAGCUGAUGUUUAUACAUACAACGGGGUUAUGGAUGCAUACGGGAAAACUGGAAUGAUUGCGGAAAUGGAAUCUAUAUUACAGCGGAUGAAGAGCCACCAAUGCCGGCCAGAUAUAAUCACAUACAAUUUACUUAUUGAUUCUUACGGGAAGAGGCAGAUCUUUGACAAGAUGGAGCAAGUCUUUAAGAGUCUACUGCGAUCUAAAGAGAAACCUACGCUGCCUACUUUCAACUCAAUGAUAAUCAAUUAUGGAAAAGCCCGACUGAGAGAAAGAGUAGAAUACAUUUUUACAAAGAUGGUAGAGUUAGGCUAUUCACCAAGCUAUAUCACGUAUGAAAACUUGAUUACAGCAUACGGGUACUGUGAUAACGUGUCCAGAGCUAGAGAGUUAUUUUUUGAAAUGAUGGACUCUGGUAAGGAGAUGCAUGUUUCAACACUUAACGCCAUGCUUGAUGUCUACUGUAAUAAUGGUUUACCUGCGGAAGCAAGCUUGCUCUUGGAAUAUGCCCGUACAAAGAGUUUGCUUCCUAAUGCUUCAACGUAUAAACUUCUAUAUAAGGCAUACACAAAGGCAAAUAUGAAGGACCUUCUACAGGAAUUGCUUAAGCAGAUGGACAGUGAUGGUGUCAUUCCAAAUAAGAAGUUCUUUCUGGAGGCUCUGGGAGCCAUUACAUCUUCAGAGACUGAUUCUCUUCCUAAUAAGGAUGUACAGAACACAAGCACGUUAGAUCUGAGCAGUCAAAGGGACUCUGCUUUUCUAUGUUGAUAAUGUCGUUAUUUUGGGAACUUUUUCAUCAUUAGCUUAAAAUUGUCUAGGCAAUUGUGAUGAUUCUGCAUCGAUAUGCUGUAAUGGAUGAUGAAAGUGAAUCUUUUCUUGUUUUCAAAUUUGAAGAA